UUUGCGACGAAACUUGUGGCCAAAAUGAUUCCACCAAACGCAUCUUUGGUCAAGUAUGACAAUCCAGUCCUUGUCAGUAGAAAUACAGACAAGAAGACACCACGGGCUAGAGCAUUGAAAGUGAGCCCAGGUCCUUCCACAGCAGCCGGCCCUGUUCCAAACCCACCAGGUAAACAGAAACCUACUUCAGUAGAUGCUAAAGCUGCACAACAGACAGAUGAAAUCCUCAACUCCAUCCUACCACCAAGGGAAUGGACAGAAGGUGGUCAAUUAUGGGUCCAGCAAGUGUCCAGUACUCCAGCCACACGUCUGGAUGUGGUGAAUCUACAAGAAGAACUUGACAGACGGUUACAGCAGAGGCAAGCAAGAGAGACUGGAAUUUGUCCUGUACGGAGAGAGUUGUAUUCACAAUGUUUUGAUGAGCUGAUCCGUCAGGUGACCAUUAACUGCGCUGAGCGUGGACUCCUUCUGCUGCGUGUAAGAGAUGAGAUCCGAAUGACAAUAGCUGCAUAUCAAACAUUGUAUGAAAGCAGUGUGGCCUUUGGUAUGAGAAAAGCUCUCCAGGCAGAGCAAGGAAAGGCUGACAUGGAAAAGAGGAUUACAGAAUUAGAAAAUGAGAAACGUGAUCUAGAACGAAAUGUGAAUGAAUUGAAAGGAAAAUGUGAACAGAUCGAGAAACGUGCUCAGGAACAGAGACAAGUGGAGGAGAAGAAACAUGCAGAGGAAAUGCAGUUCCUCAAGAGAACCAAUCAGCAACUCAAGACUCAAUUGGAGGGAAUCAUUGCUCCCAAGAAGUAAACACUAGAAGUGAAAGAACAAUACCAUAAUAUGACCAAGUAACUUUGCCAAGUAAAACAACCAAUUGUUUCCAAAUUUUCAAAGGAUUGUUCAAAUCUGUCUGUCCAAAUUCAAGAAAGGAAACACUUCACAGGAAAUUUUCGCAGAAUUAUUUCCACUCCGUCCAUCUCCAUUCAUUCAUUAGCAAUGGAAAACAUCACAUUUCUCUGGCCAUACUGCUGAAACACAUGACUUAGCAAUAUUAUUUAUCUGUGGUAAUAGAGUUGUAACUGUUAAUUGUUUUGCCAAUUUAUUCUUUGAGAAAUUGUUUUUCAUGAUAAAAUAUGACAUUUUUUUAAAAGCAAAAACAUAAAUGGGUUUGAAUUUCCCAAUACCAAUUUGAGAAAGAUGUUUUCUAAAUUUCAGUGAAAAAAAUA